GUUGGCGGGAGCCGAGCGCUGCUCCGCGUUGCCUGGUGUUGUCGGCAGAACGGCCCGAGCUGCUGGUGGUCUGGGCGUUGAGGUAGAGUUCCGCUCCUCGGCCGGCAGGAUGCGGGUGGCGGUGGCCGGAUGCUGCCACGGCGAGCUGGACAAGAUCUACGAGACUCUGGCGCUGGCGGAACGGCGCGGCCCGGGGCCGGUGGACCUUCUCCUGUGCUGCGGCGACUUCCAGGCGGUGCGCAACGAGGCCGACCUGCGCUGCAUGGCCGUGCCGCCCAAGUACCGCCACAUGCAGACCUUCUACAGAUAUUACUCUGGAGAGAAAAAAGCCCCAGUUCUCACAAUCUUCAUUGGGGGAAACCACGAAGCCUCAAAUCAUUUGCAAGAGUUACCCUAUGGUGGCUGGGUGGCACCAAACAUUUAUUAUUUAGGUUUGGCUGGUGUGGUAAAAUACCGAGGUGUAAGGAUUGGUGGGAUCUCUGGUAUCUUUAAAUCUCAUGACUACCGAAAAGGUCAUUUUGAGUGCCCUCCUUAUAAUUCAUCUACAAUAAGGAGCAUAUAUCAUGUGAGAAAUAUUGAAGUCUACAAACUAAAACAGCUGAAACAGCCUAUAGAUAUCUUCUUAUCUCAUGAUUGGCCAAGAAGCAUCUAUCAUUAUGGAAAUAAAAAGCAACUUCUUAAAACCAAAUCUUUUUUCCGACAAGAAGUGGAAAAUAAUACAUUGGGAAGUCCUGCUGCUUCAGAGCUGUUAGAGUAUCUGAAGCCUACUUACUGGUUCUCUGCACACCUUCAUGUGAAAUUUGCAGCCUUGAUGCAGCAUCAGGCCACAGAUAAAGAGCAGACAGUCAAAGCAACCAAAUUUUUAGCCUUGGACAAAUGCUUACCACAUAGAGACUUUCUUCAGAUAUUAGAAAUAGAACAUGAUCCCAGUGCUCCUGAUCACUUGGAAUACGACAUUGAAUGGCUGACCAUUCUCAAGGCUACUAAUGACCUUAUUAAUGUGACUGGGGGCCUAUGGAAUAUGCCUGAAAACAAUGGUCUGCAUAAGAGGUGGGAUUAUAGUGCAACAGAAGAAGCUAUGAAGGAAGUGAUGGAAAAAUUGAACCAUGACACCAAAGUUCCUUGUAACUUCAGUGUGACAGCUGCUUGUUAUGACCCUAGUAAGCCGCAGACACAAGUGCCACUGGUUCAUAGGAUUAGUCCCCAGACGACUGAAUUUUGUGCCCAGCUUGGCAUCAUGGACAUAAACGUUGUGCUUCAGAAGGCCAGGGAGGAGCAUCACCUGUGUGGUGAGGCAGAAGAGCCCGACGAUGUGGAGAGCAAUGACUCUGGAGAAGACAGGAGUGAGUAUAACACAGACACGUCCACCCUGUCCUCUAUCAACCCAGAUGAGAUAAUGCUAGAUGAAGAAGAGGAAAGUGAGGACCACAUUGCAAGUGCGUGCAGUGACACGAAUGCACCGUCCAUAGAGCCUUCUUCCGAUCAGGCAUCUGACUUUUCUGCAAGCUUCUCUGACAUCAGGAUCUUGCCAGGUUCGAUGUUUGUGUCCUCUGAUGACACAGCAGGUUCACCAGCUGGUAGACAGCGGAAGCCUAGUGAGGCUGUGGAGCCUGCAGUUGAAGAAGACGUUACUGAACUUCCGGUGAAGAGGCUGAGUAAUGAACAUGAACAUGAACCUGAGCAAAGAAAGAAAAUCAAGAGGCGGAAUCAAGCCAUCUACGCUGCGGUAGAUGACGAUGAUGACGAGUAAGACACUGUGCUGGUCUCAGUAAUGUGUGUAGAUAGGUGAUUUUUCAAUACUAUUUUUAGAGUUGGAUAAACUUUGUAAUGGUGAAAUGAUAGAAUUUACUUAGAUAUCAACUUUGUCUUUAGGCCUUUGUAUGCUUCAGAUAUAAACAUUAAAAUUUCGUAUAAAAUUU